AUGGCUACGCAACAAGUGCGACAGUGGGGAGUGACACCUCCUAUAUCGAUGACACUCCCAGCUCCGGAGGAAGUCGCAGCAAACGACGAAUUGAUUGCAGAAUUAAAGGCCCAAAACAACUUCGAGCUACCAUCAGAGACGGAGCGGAGGAAACAGUCUCUCCAGCUCAUGCAGCGAGUCACAAUAGAAUUCAUCAAGGUUGUCAGCAAACGGAAAGGUUUAUCUCAGGCAGCCGUCGAAGCAUCGGGAGGAAAGAUCUUUACGUACGGGAGUUAUCGUUUGGGUGUCUAUGGCCCUGGAUCCGAUAUUGAUACCCUUGUUGUCGCCCCAAAACACGUUCUAAUUGAAGAUUUCUUUUCCGAUUUCCCUCCUAUUCUCGAGCGCAUGUCACCUCCAGGAGCGAUCGAGAAGCUAACACCUGUGCCCGAUGCAUUUGUCCCUCUGAUCAAGCUAGAAUUUUCCGGUAUCAGUUUCGAUCUAAUCUUCGCCCGAUUGAUCAUCCCAUCGAUCCCCCUCAAUCUCGAUCUCAAAAACAACGACUAUCUGCGUGGUCUAGACGACAAGGAGGUACGAUCGCUCAAUGGCACUCGAGUCACUGAUCAAAUCUUGGAACUGGUGCCACAACAAAAGACAUUCCGGCUGGCACUAAGAGCGAUUAAAUUAUGGGCUCAGCGUCGUGCGAUCUACGCCAACAUCGUGGGAUUUCCGGGAGGCGUUGCGUGGGCGAUGCUGGUCGCACGUGUUUGUCAAUUGUAUCCUCAGGCGACUGGGUCGGUCAUCGUCGGCAAGUUUUUUCGUAUCAUGAAUAAAUGGGCCUGGCCACAGCCAGUACUGCUAAAGCCUAUCGAGGACGGUCCCUUGCAGAUGAAAGUGUGGAACCCAAAGAUUUAUCACGGUGAUCGAUUUCAUCUAAUGCCCAUCAUCACUCCCGCGUAUCCGUCCAUGUGCGCCACUCACAACAUCUCUAUGUCGACCAAGGCUGUCAUUUUGCGCGAGUUGCAAAGGGGUGGGGACAUGGUUGAUAAGAUCUUCGCCAAACAGCUGACAUGGAACGAUCUCUUCACCAUUCACACAUUUUUCUCGAAGGACUACAAGUAUUACCUUCAGAUUACAGCUUCCAGCAAAACAAAAGAUGCCCAAUCUGUUUGGUCCGGCCUAGUAGAGUCCAAGCUUAGACACCUCGUCGGUGCGCUGGAUAGGAAGUCCACCAUCGCUAUCGCCCAUCCCUUCCCCAAAGGGUUUGAGAGAACACAUGUGGUGAAAGAUGACGCAGAGGCGGAGCAAGUCAAGAAUGGGUCUACCAAAUUCCAAGCACAGGGAACCUCAACCGAGACUACCGAUCAGACCAAUGACCCGAAUCACAACGCAGCUGCUGAGAAUGGCGCACAAGAUGCUCAGGUCCCGGAUACCGCUAGUAACGGGGAAUCGGACAGCCGCACAAUCUACACAACUACCUACUAUAUCGGUUUGGAUUUGAAACCGCUGGAGCCCGGUGCUUCGAGGUCGCUUGACAUUUCCACCGAUGCCAACAUCUUUAAAUCGACAUGCACUUCGUGGCAGGGCUUCCAACAGGGAAUUAACGAACUCAGCAUUACUCAUGUUAGAAACUUCGACUUACCGGAUGACGUUUUCCGCCCUGAGGAGACGAAACCGACCCGACCAAAGAAGAAGGUUGCCAAGAAGGCUUCGGCGGCGGUUACCCACAAACGAAACAUCGACGCUGUAGACGCGCUCGAACCGGUCAUAUCCGCACAGAUUAUGACCCUUCACCAUCAAAAGCACCACCAGGCAUACAUCACCAACCUCAACGCUGCGCUGGCCGCUCACCAAACUGCCACGGCAUCCAAUGACAUCCCGGCAUUGAUUGGUCUCCAGCAGAAAAUCAAAUUCAAUGGUGGUGGCCACAUUAAUCACUCCCUUUUCUGGCGCAACCUAGCUCCGGCGGGCAGUGCCGAGACGGAUAUUAAAAGCGCACCAAAGCUGGGUGCCGCCAUUGUUGAGCGAUGGGGUAGCGUGGAUGCAUUUGUGGACAAGUUUAAACAAACCCUACUUGGAAUCCAGGGAAGCGGCUGGGGAUGGUUGAUUGCCAGAGACUCUGGAGAAAAGAGACGGCUAGAAAUUGUCUCGACCAAGGAUCAGGACCCGCCUGCCAGUGAUGGAACCGGGGAGGCUGUACCUUUGUUUGGGGUUGAUAUGUGGGAACAUGCAUACUACUUGCAGUACCUGAACAACAAGGCCGGAUACGUAAGUGAGAUUUGGAAGGUGAUCAACUGGAAGAUCGCUGAGGAGAGGUUUCUGGGAGGCAUAGAGAAGGAGGUCACAUUGAAAUUGUAG